AUGGCCAUGGUGCAGCCGGCGGACACGGCCGUCAAGGCCAACGAGAUCCUGGCGCGGUUCCGGCCCAUCGCGCCGAAGCCCACACUGGCGGCCGCGGCCGCGGUGGCGUCGCCCGUGGCGCAGGCCGCGACCGAGGGCGUCGUGGCCGCCAACCGCGUGCUGUGCCAUCUGCAGAGCAGGCCGUGCCGCGCGCGGAAACACGGCCGCCCCAACGUCGUGCCGGUGUCGCCGCCCAAGUCGGGCUCUGGCGCGCACUCGCCCGCCAAGCGGAAGAGAGCGGCGACGCCGUACCCGCCUCUCCGGUGCGCGGCGGCCACGGGAGCGCAUGCGUCCGCGGUCGUCCCGGUCAGUGCGCGCCUCCCUCUGCCGUCGCUCCCGCCGGCGAGUGCGGGUGCCGAGGACCUCGCGAAGGUGGCGGCGGAAGGGAGGGACGUCCCCGUGGAGCGCGACCUGCUGCGGAAGCUGCUUGAGCCCAAGGUCAUCUCGCCGCGGGCGGUGCGCCCCGUGUGCUCCGCCAUCCACGUCGGGUGCAUCCACCGCACCGACGCGACCUGCACCGCCGCCGCCUCGAAGACGGCGGUUCAGGUGGAGGCGGAGCUGGAGGUCGACGCGCUCCCGGCGGUGGUCUCCGACUCCAGCAACCGCGUCCGGCUCGUGAACGACGCGUACAAGGAGAUGGUGGGGCAGCCCGAGUGCCCGUGGCUCGACGCCGUGGCUGCGACGUCGAGGAGGAUCAGCGGGGAGGUGGCGCUGGUGGUAGCCGACCAGUCCUCCCUGCCGGAGACGUACGGGGCGUUCACAUGCACGGCAAAGAUCGAGUGGGAGGACGACGGGAAGGUCACCUCCACCGCUGUACCCUGCGACGUCAGCCGGCUGCACUGCGAGUCCAGAGACUACCUCUUCACCUGGAGGUUCCGUACCGCCGACGCCGACGCAUCCGUUGGCCACAGCUCCGAGGAGAUUAGUGAGAGUUAG